AUGGCCCACUCAAGGCCAACCUCUUGCCACUGGGCGACAGACCAACUUCUUAACAGUGAGUGCCCUUGCCUGAGGCCACAAAGUUCUGAAGCUGGACGCAGCUGCUCCUUCGAGGACCCCAGCAUGCCGGACAGCAGAGAGACCCCACAGGAGAGUGGGCAAGACACAAGCUUGGGGACCCCUCGAGAAAAUGCAGGGACCAGUUCUCUGACUGAUGGGCAGACGCUCUCCAAAGAGUCCCUAAGCCAUGCCUUCGAGCACUCGUCCCCAGAUAAGGCGAAGGACACCCAGUUUGAUUGUCCAGAGGAGACGCUGUGGACAACUCGGGCUGAUGGACGUGUCCGCCUGCGCAUGGACCCCAGCUGCUCACAGCCUCCCUCCACCGUGCACCAGAUGUUCUACCAGGCCCUGGACAAGUACGGUGGACUCAGCGCCCUGGGCUUCAAGCGCCAGGGCAAGUGGGAGCACGUCUCCUACUUCCAGUACUACCUGCUCUCCCGAAAAGCUGCCAAGGGCUUCCUGAAGCUCGGCCUGGAGAGGGCCCACAGCGUGGCCAUCCUCGGCUUCAAUGCCCCAGAGUGGUUCUUCUCAGCUGUGGGCACAGUAUUUGCAGGUGGUAUUGUCACCGGCAUCUACACCACUAGCUCCCCUGAGGCCUGCCAGUACAUCGCCCAUGACUGCCGUGCCAACAUCCUCGUGGUCGACACACAGAAGCAGCUGGAAAAGAUCCUGAAGAUCUGGAAACAUUUGCCACAUCUGAAGGCAGUAGUGAUGUAUCAGGAACCCCCUCCUAAGAAGAUGCCCAAUGUGUAUACGAUGGAGGAACUAAUGGAGCUGGGGAACGAGGUGCCGGAGGAAGCCCUGGACACCAUCAUCAGGGCCCAGCAGCCCAAUCAGUGCUGUGUGCUGGUCUACACAUCGGGCACUACUGGGAACCCCAAGGGUGUGAUGCUGAGUCAGGACAAUAUCACGUGGACAGCUCGGUUUGGUAGCCAAGCCGGUGAAAUCCAGCCAGCUGAAAUCCAACAGGAGGUCGUGGUCAGCUACCUGCCCCUCAGCCACAUUGCUGCCCAGAUCUACGACCUGUGGACUGGCAUCCAGUGGGGAGCCCAGGUCUGCUUUGCAGAGCCGGAUGCCCUGAAGGGGAGCUUGGUGAACACCCUGCGAGAAGUGGAGCCCACAUCCCACAUGGGAGUCCCACGGGUGUGGGAGAAGAUCAUGGAGAGAAUCCAGGAGGUGGCAUCUCAGUCUGGCUUCAUUCGUCGCAAGAUGCUGCUGUGGGCCAUGUCCGUGACCUUGGAACAGAACCUCAGCUGCCCGAGCAGUGACCUGAAGCCUUUCACAGCCAGACUGGCAGAUUACCUGGUGCUAGCCAAGGUUCGCCAGGCACUGGGCUUUGCCAAGUGUCAGAAGAACUUCUACGGGGGAGCCCCCAUGACUGCUGAGACACAGCACUUCUUCCUGGGCCUCAAUAUCCGCUUGUAUUCAGGCUAUGGGCUCAGUGAGACCUCAGGCCCUCACUUCAUGUCCAGCCCCUACAACUACCGCCUCUACAGCUCUGGCAGGUUGGUGCCAGGCUGCCGGGUGAAGCUGGUGAAUGAGGACGCGGAGGGCAACGGGGAGAUCUGCCUGUGGGGCCGCACGGUCUUCAUGGGCUAUCUGAACAUGGAAGACAAGACGUGCGAAUCCAUCGACGCAGACGGCUGGCUGCACACUGGCGACGCAGGCCGCCUGGACGCAGAUGGCUUCCUCUACAUCACCGGGCGCCUCAAAGAAUUAAUCAUCACAGCUGGCGGGGAAAAUAUACCCCCUGUGCCCAUUGAGGAGGCCGUGAAGAUGGAGCUUCCCAUCAUCAGCAACGCUAUGCUGAUCGGGGACCGGCAGAAGUUCCUGUCCAUGCUGCUUACCUUGAAGUGCACUCUGGACCCAGACACCUCUGAUCCAACUGAUAAUCUGACCGAACAAGCUCUGGAGUUCUGCCAGAGGGUGGGCAGCAAAGCCACCACAGUGUCCGAGAUCGUGGCGAAGAGGGAUGAGGCCGUGUAUCAAGCUAUUGAAGAGGGGAUCCAGAGAGUCAACAUGAAUGCAGCUGCCCGGCCCUACCACAUCCAGAAGUGGGCCAUUCUUGAAAGAGACUUCUCCAUCUCAGGUGGAGAGUUCGGUCCCACAAUGAAACUGAAACGGCUAACAGUUCUGGAGAAGUACAAAGAUAUAAUCGAUUCCUUUUAUCAGGUGCAAAAAAAGUAAUCAGUGUCUGUCCCUCCAGUUUCUGUUGAAUAGAUUGCAGG